UGGCAAACUCACUUUGUUCGAUGCGUUCGUUCCAACAACGAACGACUUCCUGCUCAUCUUGAUGAACCAACUCUAGCUCGUCAGAUCAAGAAUUUAUAUAUCGUCGAGACCUUGCAGUUUCGAAAAGCUGGAUUCCCUGUACGAAUACCAUUCGAGCGAUUUGCGAGAAACUAUCGUUGCCUUCUGCCAUCGGAUAUAGCUCUAUGCCAAAAUCAAAAAGAAAUCAUCGAUGAUAUCCUUGAUGGACAAGGAGUAAAAUUUGCAGAUGAUUACAGAAUUGGAAUGAAUUAUGUCUUUAUGCGAGAUCGACUUGCAAACAGACUACAGAGCCUUAGGGAAAAGACUCAACGAGAAGCUGCGUACGUGAUCCAGAAGACCAUGCGAGCUUAUGUGGCUCGUAAGAGCUACCUUAAGAAGAGAAAUGCUGUGAUUAGACUACAAGCUGGUUUACGUGGUUGGAAAGCGAGGAAGGAGUGCAACGCCAUGCGUGAACGAUUAUUCAGUAAUCUCGGAGUUCAGUCAAAACGGAAUAAACGCCUGAAUGCUUACCAUGAGUCACUUUUAACCGAAACUUCUGAUAAGGUCAAAGCUCAAACCCAUUCACUGCGCCUCUGA